ACGCAUUAUAAGACGACCGAUUUAAAAAGUCUUCCAUAGCGACCAUUAUUUUUCGUUUUCCCUACGACACAAUGAGGUUUUUAAUUUAGUAGCCUAUCAAAGGUAGUUUUUGUAUUCCUUCACGAAGUCAAAAUAAGAGGGAAAUAUUUGUCUAUUUGAAAAAUAAUGGCAUUUAUGGAUACAGGUCGCAAAGUUAAAAAGCUUUCAUUGAAUUUUAACUUUUAAUGAGAUCAUUGUCAUUGUUUAGUUUGUGAAAAGAUGUAAUAAUCCUCUUUAAUUAUUCUUAAUAAAGUGUUCUAAUGUUGAGUGUGUUUUGAUUGUGUUUUGCGACGGUUGAAAUGGAGGAGUUGAGGUCCAAACAUAAGACCCUACAGAGCGCGGCUCACCACAUUGCCUUGGAGUGUAUACACCCUCAGUGGUGUUUGUCCACCCAUGUCUGUACAUUGGAACUAGCAGUCUACACAUGGGUCACCAUAUCACGUACACCCGUACCCCUCUCCCGUACGGCUCCAGCAUGCGUUCCAGAGCACCCAGCACAGCCCCAAGAUGUUUCAUCCAAAGGGGCUCAAACCGCACCUUGAUCCGCGGGCAUACGGAACGCCAAAUGACAGUCCAAUAUUGGGCCGGGCACUAUGCCUUACUCCUCGAGGCAGUCCGGUACCAGGAAGAGUCUCCCACUUGAACGAAAAGUUCCAAGACUCAUUAACACUUACAUCAGAUACUGAUGCUUUGGUCGCCAAGAUAAGCGCAAUGUUUCCAACUGUAAGCGAGACACACAUCAAGAUAUUGUUGAAAAAGUACUACAACAGAGAAGCAGUAGUGAUAUCCGCACUCCAGGUGGAAAAACAUCCUAUCACUACUCCGGGACCUCUGACUAUGUCGCCGUCUGCUGUUCGGUUGCAGAAGGGUAGUGGACUACAUUCCGCCUUACAACUUGCUAAAGGCAUGUCUGGUUCAAUACCAGGGUCCAGUCAUUUCACACCAUUGACUGGUACACCACAUGGCUCUCCAUCAUUAUUGCGACCAGCAUCUGGGGCUUCCAGUUACUACGGUGCCAGGUCUAUUGACGGUCAGCCGCCGCGACACCAGAGCCCUAAAAUGAAGCUCAAGUACCUCAAGAGUAUAUUCCCAAAGGCUGAAGAGACGCUGAUUCUGGAUGUGUUAGCCAAUAAAGACAACAAUGUUCAGAAAGCGAGCGAGGAGUUAAUAGGCAUGGGGUUCAGUAAAAAGGAAACGGUAAUCUCCACGCAGAAGAAGGAACCCACACCACAACCACAGAAGAAAGUCGUCACUAUUAUGAAGACUUUCGCCGAAAAGUGUGAAUUAAAAGAAAAACUUCAGAAGAAAUACACUGGCAUAGCGGAAAGAGUAAUAGCUUUGGCAUUAGAGAGCGUGGACUAUCACGAAGAGAGAGCGGAACAGAUCCUGAAUGCUGUGCUGCAGGAUGAAGCGGCCCCUAAGGCCGUGAAAGUCGAGAUCAAGGAAACACUUAGACCAGCCACUGCAGAGCCGAAAAAGGGAGAGGACUAUAUUCCAUGGACGGGACCAGACCCUGACUUGCGUAGUGGCCAAGGUGUCAAGCCUGAGGGGCCGGAGACCCGUGAAAGACCCUUCUCCCUCGCUCGUGGCCCCUCAGGUCUCGCGAAAGGAGCCGCCGGUCUCGCUAAAGGAUCUUUAUAUCAGAAACUCAACAAAAAAUCUGCGAAAAUAAUCGGAUGAAUGAGCUGAAUUGAUCGAGCUUACGACGCACCAUCUUCGCAUAGCAAGUGAAUUAUGUAAAUCUUGUUCAGUAUUUUAGUAUUUAGCUGUAAGAAGUACAGGUAGCGGU